CUUGUCGAAUUUACCUUUUUGUGUUAAAAUAAUAGCGAAAAAGUUUACUUAUUUAUUUGAAUGCUACUUGUGAUUUUUAAUAAGUAAUGAUUUUUAGAUAAUAAAUUGUAAUGAUCAAAUUUCUUUAUGGAAAUAGUCAUCAGGCCUUUUUGUUUAUCUGGCUGUUAAAUGAUGAUUAGAGUUUUGUUUACAUUGAGUUUCAAUUCCAACAAUAUGUUUAGGGUCUUGCUUAUUUGUAUGCUGAAUAUUUCGUAUGUUUACAAUGAAAACUCUAAAUGUGGCUGUAAUGUAGACCGGGCGCAAGGAGGCAUUCAAAGUAAAUACCUAGAUAAUCACCAAUCGGAAGUUGAUCAAUGCCCAUCUGAAAAUGACUCGAGUGUAGAAGAUGAGUCGAGUGAAAUGGUGGUUAUACCUGCGGGCGAAUACCAAGUAGGAACUGAUGACGUCAUGAUCCCAGCUGAUUAUGAGGGCCCUCAAAGAAUAGUUAAGAUAGAAACAUUCCUAAUGGACAAAUAUGAAGUUUCAAACAAGGACUUUAUGAAAUUUGUUUCAUCUACAAAUUAUAAGACUGAAGCAGAAAGUUUUGGAGACAGUUUUGUUUUUACAUUGUUUUUGAAUGCAACAUUCAGAGAAAAAUUGAAAGAAUUCAGAGUAGCUCAAGCUCAGUGGUGGUAUAAAGUUGAUGGGGCCAAUUGGAAGCAUCCUUAUGGUCCUGAUUCAAAUAUUGAAGAUUCAAUGGAUCAUCCAGUGAGCCAUGUGUCCUGGGCAGAUGCUCGAGCAUACUGCAAGUGGAGAAGGGCUCGCCUGCCCACUGAAGCGGAGUGGGAGGCUGCUUGCCGCGGUGGGAAGCGUGGGACCAAGUACCCUUGGGGAGACAAGCUGUUUCCUGAUAGGACACAUAUGGCUAACAUAUGGCAGGGAACUUUUCCUAAUCACAACUCAGCAAAGGAUGGUUACAUUGACAAUCCUGUGAACAUGUUUGAGCAAAAUGACUUAGGUCUUCACAAUAUGGCUGGAAAUGUUUGGGAGUGGACUGAAGACUCCUGGUCUAAAGAUAAGCCAAAAGAAAAAGUGAAGAAAGGUGGGUCAUACUUAUGCCAUCGCUCGUACUGCUACCGCUACAGAUGUUCUGCGCGUUCUCACAACACUGACGACAGCUCGGCAGGGAACUUGGGCUUCCGCUGUGCAAAGUCAGUUUAACCCUUUCACUGCUACGACGUGUGAAGCACGCGCCUACAACCGAAUGUCAACUUUAAUGCAAGCCGACUAGGUUUACGAUGACGCGUCGCACACGAUAAGUGUAAUGGUUAGUUCUCCUUCCUGCAUUCCAAGAAAGAUCACAAUUUUAAGGUUGCACUUAAAAUAGGUACUUUUUAAGGUAGCGCUAAGAAGGCUUGGCAUUGAAAGGGAAUCUUACAUAGCCAAUGAAUGGAAUUUAGCUUUGUCGUAAAAGAUGCCCCGUCUUUGUAUUGGUGUAACGUGUAACAUUGUAGUGGGCCAAUCUCUUUAUAGACUACUUCUACAAAUUGAAGAUACCAAAAAUGUUUCCUUUAAUACAUAUCGCAAUCAAAGCCCAAGUGAAAAAUGUCCUCAUUGAAAUUUGAAAGCGGAAACUGGGGUUCUUUAUCUACAUACAAAAAUAAGACAAGUUUUAUCACAUUAUUUCUUAAGCAUAGUAAGUAUGUCUAUAAGUCUUCCAUGUACUUUAUCGA